GCUUGGUAGAUUUAUACCCCUGGCAUCGAGUUAGUCCAUGCAUGUAUACGCCUAAGCAAUCUCAAGUUUCGUCCACUCUCCAGGCACACCUAAAAAUAGGCACAUGGUUACUUCCAUUCCUGACCAGCUACAACACUACUGAUAAUAAAAAACGAAGAAGAUGACUCUCAAUAUAUUGACUGCCAAUUUUUUUUGUUUGACAUGAUCAUGCUUUUUUUUUUUUGUCUCUUUUCCUUUUCUGGGUCCAUAUAAAAACUGUAUCCAACUGAUUUAAGCGGGCUUACCAUUUUUUCGUUGGGAGAGAAGCCUGACACCAGUGGCAAAAUUGCACUUCUUCUAGUCUUGAGGAGUAAAGAUAUCUCAUCAUGGAAGACAUGCCUGUGAAGAAGCUACUUGGAUGGAGUACGAUGAGGACCAUUUCCUUAGCUACUUGUUUGGUAGCUUUUCCACUUAUGAUCAUGCUCUCUGUGAAUUACCAAGAUGACAUGUCUGAUCUAAUUGGCAAAGUCAAGGUCCUUGGAGGAAAAGCCUUCAACGUUACACAAUUUGGCAUAGAUUCAAAACCGGAGUCCUCUCAACCUGCGAGUCACAGUGAUGUACUACUUGGUGGACUACUGGCUUCAGGAUUCGAUCAAGAAUCCUGCUUAAGUAGAUAUCAAUCUGUCCUAUACAGAAGACCUUCACCUAAAAAGCCUUCUCCAUACCUCAUCUCCAAACUGCGUAAUUACGAAAAACUUCACAAGAAAUGUGAACCUCACUCAGAAUCCUAUAAUAGCACUCUGAAACUACUUGGUUCCCCUAACAUUUCUGGCCCUACAGAGUGCAGUUACAUGGUGUGGACAGCUCAAGAAGGCUUAGGGAACAGAAUAUUAACCAUGGCUUCUGCAUUUCUCUACGCUCUCCUUGCCAAUAAAGUUUUGCUCGUUGAAUUUUAUCCUGACAUGGUUGAUCUCUUUUGCGAGCCAUUUCCAAAUACAUCAUGGUUAUUGCCCCAAGACUUUCCCAGUGAAUUCAGAUGGUCUAAAAAUCGACCUACUUUUGGAAACCUGCUGAGAAGCAAAACUAUUAAUGCAUCAACAGAGCUGCCACCUUCACAGCUCUUUAUUUUUCUUGCUGCCCGCCUUGAUUUUUUCGAUUUGCUUUUUUAUUGUGAAGAUAACCAUGCUCUUCUUCAAAAAGUCCCUUGGUUGUUCUUGAAAUCAGAUGAAUACUUCCUUCCAUCUUUCUUCCUGAUCCCAUCCUUCCAGGAAGAGCUUGACAGGAUGUUUCCUGACAAAGAAUCUGUUUUCCACCACUUGGGUAGGUAUCUUUUCCACCCUUCAAAUAAGGCAUGGGGACUUAUCACUAGGUUCUAUGAGUCUUAUUUAGCCAAAGCAGAAGAAAGAAUUGCUAUUCAAGUAAGAGUAUUCAAACCCAAAGCUAGUCCAUUUGACAGAUUGAUGGAUCAAAUUUUAGCUUGCACUUUUCGGGAAAACUUGCUGCCAGAAGUAGAUAAACAAACACUCGUAGCAUCUCCAUUAAAAAAUCGGACAUCAAAGGCUAUACUAAUUGCAUCUCUGUAUUCAAAAUUCUAUGAGAAUAUAACAAACAUGUACUGGACAUUUCCUACUAAAAGAGGAGAGAUAAUAGGGGUUCACCAGCCAAGCCAUGAAGAGCAUCAAUACUUCGGGGAUAAUAUGCACAAUAUGAAGGCAUGGGUUGAAAUGAAUCUGUUGGGUAUGAGUGAUGUGUUAGUGACUAGCUCAGGGUCUACCUUCGGCUAUGUGGCCCAAGGCCUUGCAGGUUUGACACCAUGGAUUCUGUCCAGGCCUGAGAGUUGGAAGGCAUCUGAUCCAGCCUGUCAUCUGGGCCUGUCAAUGGAACCUUGUCUCCACAUACCACCAUCUUAUGACUGCAAGGCAAAGGCAAAUGCUGAUAUGGGUAAUGCUGUUCCUUAUGUCAGGCACUGUGAGGAUUUACCUUCAGGUCUAAAGCUUGUAAAUAAAUAGUUGUUCAUUUGUAAGUUUCUGGUGUUUAACUAAAAUUAGAAAAAUGUAUUUCACUUUCAUUUGUAUAGUUGAACAUUAUAAAAAAAAUUAUCUGAAAAGGAUCA